UCUCUUCAGGUCAUCUCUUGUCGCGCAGCCGUUCUCUGGAAAGAGGGAACGCCGCUCUCCAUUGAGACCAUAACCGUGGAUCCGCCGGAAGCGGGCGAAGUGCGCGUUCGCAACGUCGCGGCCGGAGUUUGCGCUUCUGACGCGCACUUCCUGUGGAAUCAGGAAACGGAUCUGAAGCUCGACUUCGACGGACUUCCGGUCGUUUUGGGUCACGAGGGCUCUGCCAUUGUCGAGUCGGUGGGCGCGGGAGUGAAGGGCGUGUCAGUUGGCGAUCACGUGAUCCCUCUCUUCAUCCCGAACUGCGACCGCUGCGCCCUCUGUGCCAAUCCGCGGACCAAUCAGUGCGCAGACGCCAACUUCGCGACUCUGCUGCGCGCGCGCGACGGCUCGACGCGUCUGCGCAUUGACGGCCGACCGCUUCUGUCGCUCUGCGGAACGAAUACUUUCGGCGAAUACGCGGUUCUGCGCGAGAGUCAGAUCUGCAAAAUCUCGCGUGACGUCGACUUGAAGACGGCGUGUAUUAUUGGCUGCGCGGUCGGCACCGGAUUCGGAACCGUUCGCCGAUUGGCUGGCGUUCACGCGGGCGCCACGUGUGCCGUUUGGGGGUUGGGAGCCAUCGGACUGUCCACUACUCUCGCGUGUCGUUUGGCGGGCGCCGGAAGAGUGAUAGGGAUUGACGUGAAUUCCGGGAAACGGAAGUUCGCCGAAGAGUUCGGAUGCCAUGAGUUCGUGAAUCCGCGAGAAUUGGAGCGUCCGUUGGAGGAGUGGUUGCGCGCGGAGGGAGGCGUCGACUACGCGUUUGAUUGCGUCGGAAACAUCUUGGCCUUGAGAACGGGUCUUAAGGCGUUGAAGGCGUGGGGAACUCUGGUGUGCGUGGGUUUGGGUCCUUCGGGACACUCGCUCGAGAUCCCCGUUAGCGAUCUGUUGGCCGGACAGCGCCUUUUGGGCGGAUAUUUCGCGAACGAGAAGUCGCGCCGAAGUGUCGUCCAAUUGGUAGAAGAGUUCGCGAGAGGAGAGCUUCCGAUUGAAGGACUAAUCACUCAUCGCUUCCCAUUGGACGCCAUCAACGAGGCGUUUGAUUUGCUGAGAGAUGGGAAGAGCGUGCGAGCGGUCAUUGACUUCGACCUCUGAUUCGCUGAACAAUUACUUCACAUAUAUUUGAAUUUCAACUUUAGUUAUCGUUUGUAUAAACGCGCUA